AAAAAAUAUUGAAAACUAAUUUUUAUUCUAAACAUGCAUGGUAGAGUAAAAGUUCGUACAACUGAGCAACAAGAAAAAAUUAAACAAUUAGAGAAACAAAGAAUAGCAUUUGAAUUUAAAAAAGAAAUUACACUUGUUUUUGAAAAGAGAAAAAAUCAUAAAUGGGAUAAUGAAUUAUUAAUAAUAACACAAAAACUUUUAAUUAAACAACCUGAUAUUAAUACUUUAUGGAAUAUAAGAAGAGAAGCCUUUUUAAAUAAUAACUGGUCAUCUAAUGAGUGGAAACAAAAAUUAGAAAAUGAGUUGUUUCUGACUGAAAUAAGUUUAAAAGAGAACCCAAAAUCUUAUUGUGUUUGGUUCCAUCGUACAUGGGUGAUUCACCAAUUAUCAGAUCCAGACUGGAAAAAAGAAUUAAAAUUAUGCAAUAAAUGUCUUGAUGUUGAUGAAAGAAAUUUUCAUUGUUGGGAUUAUAGACAGUUUAUAGUUAAAAAAUCAAAUUUGUCAAAUGAAGAAGAACUUCAAUUUACUACGUUUAAAAUAUUGAAUAAUUUUUCAAAUUACUCAUCAUGGCAUUAUAGAAGUAAAUUAUUACAAAAAUUGUAUCCAAAUUGUGGAUAUAAUUCACCAAUUAGUGAUAAUAAACUUAUUGAAGAAUUAGAUCUGGUAAUGAAUGCAACUUUCACUGAUCCCGAUGAUUCAAGUUCUUGGUUUUAUCAGAGAUGGUUAUUAGAUUAUAAUAAAUCAUCCAUUAAAUUAUGGCGAGCAAUAUUAACACAAACCACAAUAACAGUUGCAUUUCAUGAAGAAGUAUUAUUAAAUUUAGAGUUAUUCUUCAAUAAUAAAAAAAUUGAUUGCAAAUGGCAGUCUGCAAAUGGAAAGAAAUUUUCUGCUGUAUGGUAUGCAAUAUUUGAAAAGCCUUUAUCUACUCUUCACAACAAAGUAUGUUUGAAAUUUGAAGAAAAUAUAUAUAAAUUUAAGCAAUCAAAUUUAUUUGAGUGGAUUUAUAAAUGCGAAAUAUUAAAUAGCAAUUGUAACAAUCGUAAAUUACAUGAUCAAAUUCAUAAUUAUCUAAUGCUUUCAAAAAUGGAGCCUUCUAAUAAAUGGGCUAAAUUAACUAGUGUAUAUUUUUUAAUAAUUAUAUCAAAUAUGCAACUAACAACUAUUUAUUUGCAAAAGCCUUAUUUGACAUUUUAUAAUGAAAUAGAUUUUAGUAAUAACUCUCUUGGGUAUCAGCUUUAUCAACUUUAUAUUUUACAAGAGUGUAUUAAACUUGAUUUAUCAAAUAAUAAUAUAAGUUCUUUAAAAGCAUUUCCAACAUUACAUAAUUUGAAGAUUUUGUUAUUAUCAGAAAAUAAAAUAACAAACUUAGAAGAAGUUUUGGAUUUGAUAAGAAGACACAGUUUGAAACAAUUAGAUCUGAAAGCAAAUCCACUCCUUAAUUUCAGUUUAUUAACCAAGGAAAUAAAAAAGAGUUCUUUAUACUUAGAAAUAAUAUUUUAA